UGUAUGGCAAAAUUUGUGUACAAUAUGGAGGCCUUGUCCAUAGUGAAAAAACACUGGUUUUUAGUCGGUAUUGUUGCGGCUAUUUUGACUGCAAAAGCAAGCCCGUCCAUCGGAGCAAAAGGUGGCUUACUGAAGCCGGAAUAUACAGUGAAAUAUCUUGCUGUUUCAUUUAUAUUUUUCAAUAGUGGUCUUUCUUUGAGGACGGAGGAUUUGACCAGGGCCGUGACACGUGUCAAACUUCAUGUAUGUGUCCAAGGAUUCACAUUAAUGUUUGUCCCGGUUCUAAUCCACCUGUUUACGUCCGUUCUGAAGUUUACGAGCCUGGAUCAUUGGUUGGUACAAGGCUUGCGGGUUGUCAGUUGCAUGCCCCCACCCGUAUCAUCUGCGGUUAUCCUCACCAAAGCUGUCGGUGGAAAUGAGGCUGCAGCCAUAUUCAACUCGGCAUUCGGUAGUUUUCUUGGCAUCGUUGCUACACCACUGCUGUUGUACCUGAUAAUUGGUUCGUCGUCAACCAUACCAUUCACUAAUGUCUUCACCACACUAUCAAUUACAGUUGUAGUACCACUCCUGGUUGGCCAAUGGCUACGAACUUACAUCAAAGACUGGUUGGAACAGGCCAAACCACCAUUUGGAACUCUAAGCAGUUGCACUCUUCUGCUUAUUAUAUAUACAACAUUUUGUGACACGUUCAAUCAAGCCUCGUUAGGGAUAAAUGGAUCGAGCUUAAUUGCAAUGGCUUUAAUUAUACUUUUUUUGCAAGUAGUGUUUCUCUAUUUAGCAUUCAACCUCUCAAGGACACCCAUGCUAAAUUUCUCGGCAGCAGACAGUGUUGCAAUUAUGUUCUGUUCCACACACAAUUCCCUAACUUUAGGUAUCCCAAUGUUGAAGAUCAUCUAUGCUGGUUAUCCGUAUCUUUCCGUUAUCUCCAUACCAUUACUCAUGUAUCACCCUACGCAAAUUUUACUUGGCGGAUUGUUGGUCCCGGUCGUGAGACGCUGGAUGCUUGCCAUGCAAAAUUCUGAGAAUGGAGUUUUAACAUCCAAUGACAGUGGAAAAAUAACUGACAUACCUCCAGUAUGAGAGUUGUAUCAGAAACUUAAAUGAACACUUUUAGUAUUA